ACAAUACGUACAUAUGCAUGAUGCAGGAUUUCCCACCAUGUGCAAUACGCAUUUGGAUGCUGAAACUACAAAAUGGAGCCACCCUGUCCAUAAAUGCAAUAGCAGGUUUGCUGCACUCUUUGCCACUUGACGAAUCUCGAAAUGCCGUAAAUAUUGCGCUAAAGGCGGGAAUUCUAGUACCAGCGGCCAUGGGAAAACAUCGGCGUAUCAAAGUAGGGUUCUGUCAAAAAUUAAGCAGCUUACCAACUUCAAAGAGCGACCCUUAUUGCUACGAGUGUCAUUUACCCGAUUCUGGAUCAGAGUUGUUGAUACGCUGCUCCGCUUGUCAACGUUCUUUCCAUGGAACUUGUCAACGCAGAAAUCCACAAAAACCCAACUAUGAGGUGCCAUCGAAUCAAGGGCAGCCUCAUCGUUUUCCACUCAAUGAAUCGGACCUGGAGGACGAAUUAAUGGGUGAAGAAAUAGAUGAGGGACACACUUUGGAAACACCAGCUCCUCUUAUUGAAACUAACAAUAACACCUACGAGUUCGAUUGUGGUGUAAUCACGCCCUUCAAAUGUGAGUACAACGAUGACGAAGUACUAUUUGUUUGCGAAAAGCUAGCGCCGGAACGGAUGCGCAAGCAUGUAGAAAAAAUUAAAAAAGAGCCUGAUCUUCAGGAUUCUUCUUCAUUGAGCAGUGGGGAGCUAGAACAACAAAUGUGUACUGCAUGUCGGCUGCUCGAAUUGCGACAGCUGCACAAUCCACCACAUAUGACCAGAGAAGAACUAUGUUUCCUGCUUUCCGCCUCUUUUGCCGUCCAUCGCAGUUGGUUGGAUACAGAUGUCCAAAGAUAUAUGGCUAAAAACCUAAAGGCCUGUGAUAUUGCACUAAUAAAGCGCCUGCUCUUUCACAACGAAAUACUCGGCGUUUCGAAAAUAAGCGAUAACAUAGCCGCAAAAAAAUACAAUUAUUUAAUGGAAUUUCUGGUCGAUCUGUUAGACUUGCAGCACAAUAUAGGUGUAUUUUUCGGCGCACAGUGUAAGGAAUACGAGGCUACAAAGUGGCUGUUGCGUGACGUAACACACGACAUUCGCGAAAUUCGAAGUUGUUCAGACUGCUUUAGAUACUCGAUUGAGCCUAACAAGUCGCCGUUUUGGUUCGCAAAGCCUUGCCUGCAAAGACAUGAGCUUGUAUAUGCCAAGCACGGUGCGUAUCCCUAUUGGCCCGCCAAGGUCAUACGAGUUCUGACCAAACUCAGCAAAUACGACGUGAGGUUUUUUGGUGGCUCCCAUUCGCGCGCAUUGGUCCCUGCACAUCAUAUUUUGUCCAUCGACACGGAUAUCUCGCUUUACGAAACUAAAACUUCUCGCGCAUGGAACUUAUCAAUGAGGGAACUGGGAUAUUUUAAGGCACUGUCGCAUUUUCCCGCCUCCUUUUUUGGUUUUAAUGCCGAUCUCAAUAGGACGGCCAGUUUUGUAAAUAACGUACUUAGACAUUAUAUUGAGGCAGACGAAUUAAGAACGACAAAGCGUAUGCGUUCGGCAACGCCAUCGCUACCGAAAAAAGCCAAGAAAACAACAUAUGACAAAUUGUGUUCUGUGGAAACCCGCUUAGUGGUCAAUGAUGAAUUAUCAAAAUGUCAGGCUGAUUUGGCCACCAUGCAGAAUCUCAUAAAUGAGGUUAAACGUAAGCGUUGGUGCCACUACUGUCUGCAGGAGGCCAAAUUCGACUGCUGUUUUGCGGCUUCAUAUUGCACCAUGGAAUGCCAACGCCGUGAUGGACGCCGACACCAACCGGUUUGCACAGCAGAGCAGUCCUGAUACGUGUUAGAAACUGUUUGCGUAAAAAGCGAAGAUCCCAAUAUUAUUCAUUAUCCCUUUCUUUUCAUGAGCAACAUUUUAAAAAUGGCUCUUGUGAGUUUUAAGCAUAUGUACAUAUUUAAAUAUUUGUAUAUGUAAUCUCUUGCUCUAUACCUACAUACAUAUAAAUAUACAUAGUAUAAAUUGCUGUAUAUCUACAUACAUAUAAAAAUACAUAGUAUAUAUAUAUACACAUAUAUACAUACAAACAUACUACUGAACAAGUCGUGCUGUGCUUUUACAUGCGAUUACCAAUUGACGGUGAUAAAUAAAUAAUUUUGGCCACAUUUCAUAAUGGGUCAUUAGAAAUAACUAUAUUUUUGUCUGUGAUUGUAAAUUUUUGUUCAUAAAAUAUAAAGGACCCAAAUAUUAA